AUGUCUCCAGCAGCUACGGGAGGCAGGUCCUUGCCAGAAGAUCGUUCACUCUGGCCGUCAUUCCUGUCAGGUGGCUCACUUCCACCCCCAGAAUCUGCGACCAAAGAUACCCAGAAGGAGCAAACACACAACGCUCCCCCGAUAUCCCCGUCAAACUCUUAUGUCGCGCACCCCGUAUCCAGCUCCGUACCAGCACGCGCUAUGUCCACCGGUCCUCGUUUGCAUGAUUAUGGUGUUAGCCCUGGUGCCGUAACACAGGUCAGGCCCGGCUUGAUUGGCGUCCCCACCGCUGCAGGGGUUGUCGCUGUUAUUGGUGAUAGAGCUGGAACAGGUACUGGAAGUUACGAAGGGACUCAGCCCGUCCCUGUACCUGCAGCGGGUGCUUACAAUCGGCAUGGAUACGACGCAUAUGGCGCUGGUUCAGCCUCCAUUGGGUAUUCUCGAGAUAACUGGGGAUCGUACAGCCAUGGUUCGCAUCAAGCUUACGCCGGAGGCGUGUCGUUACCCAACAGCUCGGUCAGGAGUGCCAGUAGUCCGCCCCCCAGCCCCAGUCGUUCCAGAAGUGGGUCUUUGGAGGAUCGCAGUGCCCGCCAGCGACGACUCAGCGAUGAUAGCCCGCCCAGUGACGACGGGGUAUUUGACGAAAUGGAUGGCAUUGAGGAUGAUCGUCACUCGGCGAGGGGCAUCAGGAUCGUAGGGGACAGGGAGAGGUAUGGACAUCGCUCCACCAGGUCGUACGACUCUUUCACAGGGCGCUAUGGUCGUGGAUAUGGUGCUGGGUCGUACGGACGACGCCUGGUGAAGAGGGAUGAAGAUGAUGACUUUGAUUAUGCCGUGAGGGAGGAGGACGAGGACAUGGAUAACAUGGACGGUGUUGGGAGGCUCAGGAAGCCCCCUCUUCAAAAGAGGGAGGAACAGUGGGAUGGUAUGGACAUGGACAUGGACAUGGAUUGAGUGCACGCCCCCACGUCGUGCGAAGGGUCCACCUUUGCUCCACCAUACCGAUGGUUUUCGUCACUAUGUUAUCUUGUAACAUUACCCCUUCCAGU